GCGAUUUCUUGCAGGAGCACUUUCAUAUGUCUUUCGCGACUGCAGUCAGUAGUGCUGACAGCAGGAUGGUUAAGACUUGUGCGCGCAAUAUGAGUGAGUGAUAUUCUUCGUAGAAGCCAGCAGGAAAAUAAAUAAACAAUGAUUUGUGCUUCCGAUUGUUUGUGUUACCAUUUCGGAUUAUGGUUGCUGUAGUGUAGCAGGACUGUUUGUAGAUUAGAAAAACCAUCCAUCAAAUGAAGAGUCAACAAAAAAGUGAGGCCUAGCGAUGCCCUAUACGAGAAUGAAAAGAAUAUUUCUGCAAGGUCUGCUAUGGCUGUACCUUUUAGGAUUUGGUUAUAUGGCUCUAUCACUUAACGCACCUGAAUUUUUGGAUUUUGACAACUUGCCAGAUACCAACUUUUCCUGCGUUGGAAAAGUAAUAGGAGGGUACUAUGCCGAUCUAGAGACGAACUGCCAAAUGUUCCAUGUUUGUACCAUUGGGCAGCUGGACGAGCCAAUGGACAUACGAUUUUUGUGUCUGAAUGGGACGGUUUUCGACCAGGAAACUCGAGUCUGUGAAAGGAUAGACGAAGUUGACUGCGCCAAAUCAGAGCGGUUCUACAGCCUAAAUCUGGAGUUGUAUGGAAAUAGUCAACCCUCACUUUUAGAAGAAUCCCCAGAGACUGAAGCCCCGCUGAUAAUAAAAUCAACCGCCCCACCUACCACAACAACCACCAGAACAACGACGACGACGUCACGAGCGACGCCUAAAACCACGCGGGCGUCCUUCUACACUACCGUAUCGCCGACGCCCAUAACGACGCCCAGAGCCAUCCACCACCACUUUCCCAGUGUCAACUCCAACUCCCCUGACAUCAGAUUCAACCCUGAAGAAAUUAACAUUAGUUUGAACCCUGGUGCUCCCCCAGAUAUAAGGACAAACCCUUUAAGUUUUCAUAGUGGAAAAAACAGUAAUAAUAAUAAUAAAGUAAUAGUGAAUGAGGAAAGUCAAGAGAAUGAGCAAAUAUUGACGCACCAAGAGAGUGAUAGUCUACGAUUACCCUUAACGACACAAAAACCGAAAUCUGUGGUUAGUUAUGGUUUAACCCACAACAAUAAUAACAACAACAACCACCAUCAAAGUGUGACACCUUCCGAUAUAAACUUUGGCUUCACAUUCCAUCAAGAUGAUCAAGACGAUCAGGAAUACCAAACGGAACCGGAACACAACUAUCACUACAACUCCAACUUCAGACCGAGUUUUCAAUUCAAACCUUCCACGUACAGGAACGAUUACGCCCCCACCACUUUACGCAAUAGAUACCAACCCAAACCAACCACUAUUCGCCCCCAUUAUCUGCAACUGCAGUCCCUUAAACCCCCCCACCUUCAUCCACAUCAUUACCAUCAACAACUACGCACUGAAAAACCUCAGAGAUUGCAACUACCUCUCCCCUUACUCCCAACUUUAUCCCCCCUUACAUUCUCCUCUCCCGCCCCGUUUAGCCUUCCGCGGCACAUCGAGAUCAAAAGGUACACUAAAGACCAUCAGGAGCCACCUAGAAUCAUCAUAAGCGCCAGUGCCAGCGUCAGCGACAACAGCGGCAGAAGGUUGAACUACUCCUUGGGCCAAAUAGGGGCCGCGCAAAUCUUGGAUCAGCCCCCGCAAAGUUACGAUGAGUAUAAAGACUCCGACGUUGGUUUAGAUCCUUUUUAUCACGACGUUCCAAAGGUUAAACGUAGAAAUAAAAGAUCACCACAAAAACAUUUCGACAUAAUCAAGAAUGAACAAGAGGCUGUAGAUGUCUUGAAAUUUCUAUUCGAUUGGUAUAAAAGCCAUGAACAAACUAGCACCUUAACAAUACCUGUUUCGCCAAAAGUAAUCACAGAAAUUAAUGAUGAAUUUUCAUCAGCCACAAUUGAGACACCGCAUAGUCCACAUGUAGAACCUAAAAUAGACAGGACGCAUAUAGAGUCCACCACAACUCUGAGCACCAAAUUCUCCAGAGGUAGACGACGAUAUAACAACAGAUCCAGAGGCAGAAGUAGGUUUAAUGAUAACACACAAAAUAACACUCAUAUAGAACAACACGAUGUACAAACUAGUACCACGGUUAAACAAGAAAUAAUCGCUGAUGAGAUAUACCACGAACCAGAAGUUACCCACGAACAUAAAGAUGAUAAAUCGAACUACCAUUUAGAGAGUGUAAUGCAAGAAGAGUUGGUAACAACACCCAAAGAACAAACAGAAAUUGUAGAUACUGUAACUCUACCACAUUUAAGAUCUAUUUUAAAUCAAAACCAAGCAACUCAACCUGAAGUUCAGCCUAUAAAUUAUGAAGAUUAUGAUGUACCUGAAGCUCCUAUUACUACUACUUAUCAAACACCAGAGAAUCCUAAAAAUAUCGCACAACAAAACGAUGACAAUCUUAACAUAGGAGAACAAAUAUUAAAUGAGCAUAAAGAACAAAUUUCCAAGCAUUUACAAGAUGAUUACUUUAAUCAAAGUACCUUUAAUCAACCACCUCAGGAAAAACUUAUUCCAGAAGCCAAUAUUCCAAAUGUAGAGCAUAAAGAACAAAUUUCCACGCAUUUACAAGAUGAUUACAGUGAUCAAGGUGCAUUUAAUCAUCCACCUCAGAAAGAACCUAUUCCAGAAGCCAAUAUUCCAAAUGUAAAUACUAAAGAAGCUAUUAGAAAUCCUGAAAUAAAUCAUCAAGAAAAUAUUACACCAUCUUCAGAAACUCAGCAUCUAGCUCAGGAAACUACAGUGAAUAUCGAAGAAAAGCAAGUCCAUAUAACACCUAAAAGUUUCAGGGGUUAUUCCGCUUUUAACUCAAAACUGUAUGAGGCUAUACAUCUUCUUAAAGAUUACGUAGGUGAAGUUAAAAAGAAUAUUACCUCUCACAAAGAAAAGGUUGAAAGUGAAUCAAUAUCUGAACCUAUUGAAGAUGUGUUAGUUGAAAAUCAACCUGAAGAUUUAGAAGUAAAUAUUGAUGGUGGUGUAAGUGAACCUCAGGAAAAUGUAGAAGAAGUUAAAGAAAUUAAUGAAGAACCAAAAGAAGUAUUUCAUGAACCAGUGGAUCACAUUCAAGAAUCAAUAAAAAAUGAUACAGAUAAAGCACAAUACAAAGAAAUAACUCCAGUUAUGGUUCCAAAAGAACUACAAGAGCACAUCAACAAUGAAAAACCCAUAGUAGAAAGAAAGUUUAGAGGUAGGAAAACAUUUAAAUCCCAAUUACAAGACACACAAGAACAAAUAAAGGAAAUAGAUUUUACUAAUCUAGGAAUAUUACCAGAAAUUGCUGAAGAAAACCUUAUGAAGGAAAAAAUGGCAAAGAUGGAAGAAAUUAUAAACAUUACUACCACUAUUGCUCCGACCACAAUAACUACACAAGAAUCUGUUGAUAAUGUUGAGUUGGCAAUUUCAGAACCCAUAACACCCAUAACUCAAAGAUCAAGGAAUUCAAGAAGACGAGGUAGACCUUUAAAUCAAAGGCAAAAUACUGAAAAUAACAAUAACAAUCAAAAUAAUAAUGGCAGAAGACGUAGAAGGAAAAAGAAGCAAAGUACCACACCAUCAACUAUUCCAGAAGUAUCCACAUCAGAAAAUAUACCAUUAACACAUUUGGAAAACCAAAGUGAAUUUAUCAUUGAAGCUGAAAGUAAUAAAGAAACAAAUAUAGAAUCAACAUCGACCAAAAUAUCAACUAAAGACACUAAAGAGGACUUUUUAACUUUAGCCACAAGUUCUGACAACAUAAAAGAAACCAAAAACAAAGGUCAUGAGGAAGAUUACGUAAAUGAUAACUAUGAGCCUUUCACAUAUGUAGAACCACCAAAAGAAAUAGCAGAUGAAACCGUAGAUAAAACAAAUGCAACAACAGAACAUACAAUUAAAGAAGGUGAAGUAAAACCUUACGAUUAUAUAAGCGAGUACGACGUUGUCGAUGUUAAAUAUAACUUGCAACAUCACAUCAAAGAUUUAAAUACUGAAUACAAUGAUUAUAAUACUGUUAAUGAUGAUUAUACUGUUAACAUUACAGGUAUAAAUAACUUGUUUGAAGAGGUACAACCUACAAUAACAAUCACGUCUUCUAGUACUACAGAAAUCCAUACUACUCAAAAUCCUAACCACAUUAGAAGUAGAGGAAAUACUACUUUUGCGCAAUAUUUAGAAGCGACUAACUCACCGAUUGUUGAUACCACUCCAACUACACCACUAUCUCAUUUAACGUUAGAAAUGAUUGCAACCCCAUCUGCUUCCUCUACAUCAAGUACUUUAGAAAGUAUUCCGACAGUAAGUACUACAGAAUCUAUGUUAACAACAGAUACAGAGCAAUACUCUGGUGCAGAUGGUGUUAAAACUACAGGUACUGAAGAAAGGUUUGUAGUCGAUGGUUUAAUACCAGAAAAUAUUACUUUGGGUACACUGGAUGAAAGUGUUAAAGUACCUAUAGCUAAUGGUACUGAUAAUAAUACCAUGGUAAUGCCUUUACAAGAGUAUGUGAAGGAUAUAGAGGAGUCAACGGGUAGUAUAGCUACCUCAGUGUCAACUAAGAAUACUUUCGAAAAACUCUCCGAUAUUGAAAGUACUUCGUUAUUAGAUUCUACAGAUGAAACAUCAACUUUAGAAGAGGUUAAUAGUACUACAGCUCAGUAUACUACCAUUAUUGAUACUACUACUGAAAUCAGUACUACAACACAACCAAGUACCAUAUUGAGUACUACUACACCACCACCAAGGAGUGGUAGACGAAGAACAUUCUCAAGAAAUAAACCUUCUUAUAGUAGACAUAGAUUUAGCACCCCAAAUGUAACCCAAAGAACUGCAUUAAAAGAAACGACUUUAGACAUUCUAGAAUCUUUAAAGAGUAAAACCAAUGCUUACGAAGCUACAAUUGAAAGUACUUCGCCAAAAAAUGUUCCUAUUAAAAAUUUAGAUACAGAUGCGCCUUUAUACAAAAGUGCAAGUCCGACGGAAGCUAAAAAAAUUCACAGCUCCACGUUGUCCAUGGUUCAGAAGAAAUUAAUUUUUAAUUGUUUUGAUAAAGACUUGAACCACUUUUAUCCAGAUGCAAGGGAUUGCAGGUUGUUCCAUUAUUGUACGAAUGGUUUCAAUAAGAAUCAGCUUCUCGAUAUGAAGUUCGUGUGCGAUUUGAACACGUUUUUUGACAGCGAGAAGCUAAUCUGCACCAAAUUGAAGCCGAAGAGAUGUUUGUAAAUAUUUUAAUCAAUAUUGCCAUUAUUUUAUUUUACUUUUUAUUGUGAUUCAACUGUAAUAUUUCCAAAAUGCUGAAUCCUGAAUGCUAAAUAAUGUUUUAACGAAUUGUACAUAUACUUUAAGAUUUAGUUUAAUACGUAAAUCAAUGUUUUUGUAUUUUCUCAUCUAAAUUUUAAUGAUAUU